ACCCACCUUACGUAUUCAACUUGAUCUCUCAAUCAUUCACCAUACAUUGAUAUCUCUGCAAACAGGCUCAAGGAAGUGUGAAGCGGGUGGUGAAGAUGAAAAGAGUCCAUGAUAUGUUAGGGGCCAUGUUUAGAUCAGGUAUGCUUGUAUUGAUAAUCAUAUUAAUGGCGAUGGAAGCACAAGCAGGAAAGCUUCCCAAGGAUGAAGUGGAUGCUCUUCGUCAAAUUGCCAAAGAAUUAGGGAAAAAAGACUGGGUUUUCUCUGUCGACCCUUGCAGUAAUCACUCAAGCUGGGUAACCCCAAAACUUCAGGACAGGCCAUUGUACAAUAAUACAGUCAACUGUAGUUGCUCCUUCCCUGGUGAUGUCUGCCACGUCGUCAGCAUAUUUCUUAAAGGACAGGAUCUGCCUGGUGUACUUCCACCAUCGUUAGUGAAGUUACCUCACCUUAGGUUCAUUGAUCUUACUCGGAACUACCUUAAUGGUCCAAUACCACGCGAAUGGGCUUCUCUAAAGUUAGAAUUCUUGUCUCUUAAUGCCAACCGCUUAUCGGGACGUAUUCCGGACUACUUAGGGAACAUUACCACACUCAGAUAUUUGAACCUUGAAACCAACCUGUUUUCUGGACCUGUUCCUCCUCAACUUGGGAAAUUGGUUAUCUUGGAGAAUCUCAUUCUUAGUGCUAACAAUCUCACAGGACAGUUACCCCGGGCUCUCACCAGUUUGACAAAGUUAGCAGAACUUAGGAUUAGCAGCAACAACUUCACUGGAAGGAUACCUGAUAUUUUUCAAAGUUGGAAACAACUCAAACAGUUAGAGAUCCAAGCCAGUGGUUUUCAGGGCCCCAUUCCUCCUAGCAUCUCUUCCUUAAGUAACUUAACUGAACUAAGGAUUAGUGACUUAAAUGGAGGAGUUUCACAGUUUCCAUACUUAAGAAACAUGACAAGCUUAGAUAAAUUGAUGUUGAGGAGCUGUAGGAUAUCUGGACCAAUACCUGAUUAUCUGUCAGAGUUGCCACUGUUAAGAAUCAUUGAUCUCAGUUUCAACAGAUUUGGAGGAAAUAUUUCGAAUUUAACAAGUAUAGCAAAAAUGGAAUACUUGUAUCUAACAAACAACUCGCUGAAUGGACCCAUUCCAGGCUGGAUCAAGAGCGCAAAUGGUAAAAGUCCGAUUGAUCUUUCGUACAAUAACUUUUCUAUGGACCCUGAACCAUCCGCUUGUCGGGAAACAUUAAACUUGUUCAAAAGCUCUUUUGGAGGAAAGAAUUUACAACUCAGUGGGUGUCUGGACACCAAUCCUUGUACAAAAGAUCGAUUUUCUUUGGCUAUAAAUUGUGGUGGGGGAAGAACUCCUGUUGGAAACAUUGUUUAUGAAGAGGAUUAUGACAAAGGGGGUGCAGCAAAAUAUGUUCCCGGGACAAAGAAUUGGGAAGUUAGUAGCACAGGACAUUUCUGGGAUGGGAACCCUAGUUCAGAUGACUAUGUAGCACAUAACAAAUCCGUACUCAAGAUAAAAGACUCUGCCUUGUACACAACAGCACUCGUGUCUCCCCUUUCGCUCACUUAUUAUGUUCGCUGCUUAGGAAAUGGAAACUAUACUGUAAAACUUCAUUUUGCAGAAAUAGUAUUCAGAGACAAUAGUUCUUUCUACAGUCUUGGAAGGCGGUUAUUUGAUGUUUGUAUCCAGGGAAAACGAAAGUUAAAGGAUUUUGACAUUGAAAGUGCAGCAAAAGGGGUUGAUAAGGAAUACAUUCAUGAAUUUAAGGAAGUUACCGUGAACAAUAAGACUUUGGAGAUCCAAUUUUAUUGGGCCAGUAAAGGGACAACAGCUGUCCCGAAGAGGGCAACAUAUGGCCCUCUAAUAUCAGCUAUCUCAGUGAAAUCUGAGUUUAAACCUCCGAAUGAUAGACAAAAGAAGAUUUUCAUUGUGGUUGGAGCUGUAGGUUUGGUUUUACUCCUAGUUCUCAUGAUUUUGGGUGCUCUUUGGUGGAAAGGCUGCUUGUGGGACAGAAUAUCAAGGGAAGAAGAACUUAGAGGAUUAGAUCUGAAAACUGGUAUAUUUACCUUAAGACAAAUCAAAGCGGCCACAAACAACUUCGAUGCAGCAAACAAACUUGGGGAAGGUGGUUUUGGAUCUGUCUACAAGGGCAUAUUAUUGGAUGGUACCACAAUUGCAGUUAAGCAGCUGUCUUCAAGAUCAAGGCAAGGAAAUCGUGAAUUUGUGAAUGAAAUAGGCAUGAUUUCUGGUCUACAACACCCAAAUGUUGUUAGACUAUAUGGGUGUUGUGCUGAGGGAAAUCAAUUAUUGCUGGUAUAUGAGUACAUGGAAAACAAUAGUCUUGCACAUGCUUUGUUUGGUACGGGGGAAGUGCAACUGAUACUGGAUUGGCCAAAAAGGCUGAGGAUUUGUAUUGGUAUUGCAAAAGGUCUGGCUUUCCUGCAUGAUGAAUCUGCACUGAAAAUUGUUCACAGGGACAUCAAAACUGCUAAUGUAUUACUUGAUAAGGAUAUUAAUCCUAAGAUCUCUGACUUUGGGCUAGCCAGGCUCGAUGAAGAGGAAAACACCCACAUCAGCACCAGAGUUGCUGGAACUAUAGGAUACAUGGCACCAGAAUAUGCAUUAUGGGGCUAUUUGACCUAUAAGGCAGAUGUUUACAGUUUUGGGGUGGUUGCACUGGAAAUUGUUGCUGGCAAGAACAACAUGAAAUUCCGGCCAAAUGAAAAUUAUGUAUGCCUUCUGGACUGGGCUCUUGUUUUACAACAAAAAGGAAAUCUUAUGGAGCUAGUGGAUACAAAAUUGGGUUCUAAGUUUAACAAAGAAGAAGCAAUGAGAAUCAUAAGGGUAGCUCUGUUAUGUACUAAUCCAUCACCGGCUCUGAGGCCUACAAUGUCUACAGCAGUGAGCAUGCUUGAAGGUCACACUGCUGUUCAUGAAAUAAGUGGGGAACCAAGCUUUCAUGGUGACGAUAUGAGGUUUAAGUCCUUUCCGGAUUAUGAUCAAGUUGUACUCCAGAGUAGUGAAACUCACUCCAUUCCUCUUUUAGAUUCCAUGAGUAUGAAAUCAUCUUCUACAUCUGCCUAUGAUCUAUAGAAGAACAAUUUUAAAUUUCAGUCCAUCGAACAUGUUGUUGCAAGCAACUUUUGUAAUGCAUACAAUUACAAUAAACAGAACUGUAUCGGAGAAUGCUAGUCCAUAAAUGGAAAGAUAUUAGUGGAAUGAUGUUGCGGUUAUUGUA